UGUUACUGUUUGAAAAUCACUAACAUCUCUUACAGGAUGAUGAACAGACAGAUGAUCAGCUGAAGACUGAAGAAAGAACAAGAACAGAAUAUCAACAUGUCAACCUCUGAUACACAGGUAAAAAUCACAGUCACGUCAUUGUUUAAAAUGAUUCUAAAAGAACAUUUUCAUUCAAUUCUGUCAAUAGAAUUUAAAUUUCUUAAAACACUUUAUUUGUGUUUCAAAUCCAUUUCUUUUUGCAUAUUUAGUGAAAAUUGAUUUCCUUAACAAACUCCAAACAUAUUUAUUCUGAUGCGAUUUCUAAGCAUCUCAGACUCAUUUAGACCAGUUUUGCUGUUUUCAUCAUUUGUUCAAAUGUGAUGAGGUCAAAUAUAAUUUAAGACUUUUGUUUCAUACAGUGAUUGUCAUCCACAAUCUUCCUCGCAGGAGAAGAUGAGCAAAGAACAACCUCCUCAGAUGAGGAUUGUUCUUCUGGGUUCGAGCGUGUCUGAAAACAGUCUGGUGGGAAACUUCAUAUUAGGACGAGCAGCGUUUGACAGUGAAGCUCCUCCAGAUGUUGUAGAGAGAGUCGCAGGAAGACUGAAGGACAGACACGUGAUCAUCAUCAACAGUCCUCAGCUGCUCCAGACCAACAUCUCAGAUCAUCAGAUCACACAGACAGUGAGAGAGUGUGUCCAUCUGUCUGAUCCAGGACCUCAUGUGAUCGUUCUGCUCCUCAAACAUGAGCCGUGUUCAGCAGAAGAUCAAGAGCGUGUGGAGAAGGUGCUGCUCUCUUUCUCUGAGCGCGUUUAUCAACACACCAUGGUGCUCAGCACACGAGAGCCACUGAAACCAAUGACAUCCUGCAGAAAAUCAUUCAGAAAUGUGCAAACAGACACUUCAGUCUUCAGACGAGCAGCUCUCCUCAUGAUCUUCUGCAGACACUUGAGGACAUUGAGAAGAUGAAUGAUGGACGACACCUGGAUUGUGCUGAAGAAGGUGUGAAGCUGAAUCUGGUUGUGUGUGGGAGCGACGAGACAUUAAAAUCCUCCAUAUCAGAGCAGAUCCUGCAGCAGACAGACAGAAGAUCAGAUCGUCUUUACGUAGAUUACGUAGCCAGGCUGUGAUCAAUCAAUAAAUCACAACAAUCCCACACUGCCAAUGUGAUACAGACACAGACACAGUGAUUGAAUGUUAACACCAAGUCUAAAUGCAGCCUAACAACAACAAAAGUAUUGACUUUUAGUUCUGUUCAUCUUUGUUAGAUUCAUGGUU